AGACAAUUGACAUUUAAUUUCUAUGAGGAUACGAUUAAUCCUAUUUUCCCUGCAUUUUAAGAAAUUUAUCGAAAAGUGUGUAUAACCACAUCUAAUUAAAUAAGAAUGUUGUCUGUACCACUCUUGAAGGCUUUCAAAAGCUCAUUGGAAAGCGGUGUAUCCAUUCGUAAUAUCGGAAUUCUAGCUCCGUGUUUGCAAAAAGCGUCUGAUCCAAUUCAGCAACUUUUCGUUGACAAAAUCCGAGAAUACAGGCAGAAGAGUAACAGUGGAAAAACACUCGUCGAACCGACACCUGCGUUAGAAAAAGAACUAAAAACCGAAUUGGAAAAAGUAACUAAACAAUACGGAGGCGGAAAAGGUGAAGAAAUGACCAAAUUUCCUUCGUUUAAGUUCGUAGAUCCCCAAAUUGAUUCCAUCAACUUAGAAUCAAAGUAAAAUAGAUUAGUCGUAACCCAUAUUAGUCAUUGAAUUUGUUACAUUAAGCUUCUUCUUGAAAUUGUGAAGAAUGCAAUAUUUGCAAUAUGAAAUAAGUUCAAAAUAAAUAAAAAUCAAGUAAUUUAUUGUUUUGUGUGGAUUUACCCC